AUGUUGAGGGACAAGGGUGAUAAUCAUACGUCAGAAAAUGAUAUAAUUGAGAUUCUCCUAAGAUUGCCUGUGAAAGCAUUGUUGCGUUUCAAGUGUGUGUGCAAAACCUGGAAUGCUCUCAUCAGAAACUCUAACUUUGUUACCAAACAACUCAACCAUCACAGCAACAAUGCACGUCUCCUUAUUCAAUAUCACAAUUAUUGCACGGAAAAAUUUGCUUUUGCCCUAAUUCUUAAUGAAAUACUUACCAAAGAGCCCCUUUUAUCUCAUGAUCUAGAUUUUCAACAUAUGCGCUGUGAUUCAGGUGUCAUUGGUCCCCUUAAUGGUAUACUUGGGCUUUGGAAUUGGAAUCGCAUAGCUUUGUGGAACCCUGCUACUAAAGAAUUUAGGUUCCUCUCAAUACCUCAUUCCAACCUUCCACCACAUUUCCGUGCCUGUUCUUAUUAUUUUGGAUUUGGGUUAGACCUCACUACAAAUGAUUGCAAGCUUAUUUGGAUUCGUGACUUUUGGGAUAACAAAAUUGAUACCUUAUAUGAUCCUAGAGUUGUUUCAGUGUACACACUAGGUUCUGAUUCUUGGAGAGUCUUCGAAGUUGAUUUGUAUGGUUCCAUACAAGAUUCCUUGGGUAAUACAUACAUGAAUGGAUUUUAUUAUUGGUUAACCAAUGAGAAAUAUGAUAAGAUUCUGAUCAUCCUUUCCUUUGACAUUGGUAAUGAGGUAUUUAGAGAGAUAAAAAUGCCGCCAGAUAUGGCUAAAUCAAAAUGGGGGGAUCUUUCUAUGUACAAUGAUUCUUUAGCCAUGUUCAUUUAUGAUCCAAAUGAGGUUGAGAAAUAUAUUGACAUAUGGCUGAUGACGGUGGAGGAAUGCUGGAUGAAAGAACUAACUAUUGGACCACUUUUAGAUGUCGAAAGGCCACUUGGGUUCUGGAAAAAUGGUGAACUCUUUUUAGAACUAGAAACUGGAGAGUCGGUUUUGUAUAACCCUAAUACAGGAGAAACUAAAGAUCUCAGACACCGUGGGAAGGAUGAUUGUCUUAAGGUUCUUAUCUACAAGGAGAGCCUAGUUUCAAUCAAGGAAGGGAAUGAUUUCUAG